AUGUCCCCGGAUCCAUACGAUGAGCGAGCGACGCGGACGAGGGCGUAUCAUCCAGGGUUAAAAAAGGGGGACCCUUUUCAACCUUCCGUGAGCAUACUCGCUGGGCGGAUGAAAAGAGGCUGCGAGUGUGCAGAAGACGAUGAUCUCUGGCCCUUGUCAUCCAUUUUUCAAGGGAUAGGCGGCAGCUUGGGAGUGAGACCCUCGAAGGAGAUGCGAAAAUGGACGAUCCUGAGGGCUGCUGGCUUCACGCUUCAACAAAGAACUUCGCGUGCAAAGAGCAAAACGCAAUCCAGCUGUUUUUAUGGAUGGCUAUGUAGUUUUCGGGUCUGCGGAUACGAUGAUCUCGCAAAUGUCAAGGCUGGGGGCGCAAAACCGCUCGGGCCAGCCACACGGGCCGACCUGACGAAACUGCAAAACAUCGCAAGAAUGCCCCGUGAAACAGAGGCGCCAAUGAUCUUUGAAUACUGCCAUACAUAA